CGCGGCCCUUGCCCGUUUCCAGUAUGGCCGCCCGCCGUGCUUGACCCGCGGCCUCCCCGCUCCGGGCUCCUGGCAGGCGAUGCCGAGGCCGAGGCCGUGACUGACACGCUCGCUCACACGCACGCACGGACCCGGUCCCACGCUCGGAACCCGAGCUCUCGUCUCCGGCCCCGCAGCCAGAACCCGGACCACGGCUCCCGCGCCGCAGCCUCGCCGAGAAGGGCCGCGCCGGACCCGGACGGCGAGCGCGGCGGCCCCCGGCCGGCAGACAUGGGGAAGCGGGCGGGAGGAGGAGCAGCUGGAGCCGCCGCCGCCUCCUCGUCCUCCGGGGCCGGGCUGGAGCCCGCGGCCGGCCGCAGCGGGGGCCCGCGGAGCGCGGCCGCCGGCCUCCUGGGCGCGCUGCACCUGGUCAUGACCGUGGUGGUGGCCGCGGCGCGGGCCGAGAAGGAAGCAUUCAUUCAGUCCGAGAGUAUAAUAGAAGUACUACGUUUUGAUGAUGGAGGACUACUACAGACUGAGACAACACUUGGACUCAGUUCAUAUCAACAAAAAAGUAUAUCUUUGUACCGUGGGAACUGUAGGCCCAUACGAUUUGAGCCACCAAUGCUGGAUUUCCAUGAACAGCCAGUUGGAAUGCCAAAAAUGGAAAAAGUCUACUUGCAUAAUCCUAGUUCUGAAGAAACUAUCACUUUAGUAUCCAUAUCUGCUACAACAUCACAUUUUCAUGCAUCAUUUUUUCAAAAUAGAAAAAUUCUUCCAGGAGGAAAUACAUCGUUUGAUGUAGUUUUUCUUGCAAGAGUAGUAGGAAAUGUAGAAAAUACUUUAUUUAUUAAUACAUCUAAUCAUGGGGUAUUUACUUACCAGGUAUUUGGUGUUGGAGUUCCAAAUCCAUAUCGGUUAAGGCCGUUCCUGGGGGCCAGGGUCCCUGUGAACAGCAGCUUCUCCCCUAUAAUAAACAUACACAAUCCUCACAGCGAGCCUUUACAGGUGGUAGAAAUGUACUCAAGUGGAGGAGACCUUCACCUAGAACUCCCGACAGGUCAACAAGGAGGUACCAGGAAAUUAUGGGAAAUUCCUCCUUAUGAAACCAAGGGAGUGAUGCGAGCCAGUUUUUCAUCGAGAGAAGCUGAUAAUCACACAGCCUUUAUAAGAAUAAAGACCAAUGCUUCAGACAGCACAGAGUUUAUCAUUCUUCCUGUUGAGGUUGAAGUUACAACAGCUCCUGGAAUAUAUUCCUCCACGGAAAUGUUGGAUUUUGGCACACUACGAACACAAGAUCUACCAAAAGUUUUAAAUCUUCAUUUAUUAAAUUCAGGAACAAAAGAUGUACCAAUAACAAGUGUUCGACCUACACCACAAAAUGAUGCUAUAACCGUAUACUUUAAACCGAUUACGUUAAAAGCUUCUGAAAGUAAAUACACCAAAGUUGCCAGCAUUAGUUUUGAUGCAUCCAGAGCAAAAAAACCAUCGCAGUUUUCUGGGAAAAUAACUGUUAAAGCAAAGGAAAAGAGUUAUUCUAAACUUGAAAUACCAUAUCAAGCAGAAGUUUUAGAUGGUUACUUGGGGUUUGAUCACGCGGCCACGCUGUUUCACAUCCGGGAUAGCCCUGCUGAUCCUGUGGAAAGGCCGAUCCACCUGACCAACACCUUCAGCUUCGCCAUCCUUAUUCACGAUGUGCUGCUCCCAGAAGAAGCCAAAGCAAUGUUUAAAGUUCACAACUUCAGCAAACCAGUCUUAAUUCUCCCUAAUGAAUCAGGAUACAUUUUCACCCUGUUUUUUAUGCCCUCCACAUCAUCUAUGCACAUAGACAACAACAUUUUACUUAUUACCAAUGCUUCUAAAUUUCAUUUACCUGUGCGGGUUUACACAGGCUUUUUAGAUUACUUUGUACUGCCCCCCAAAAUAGAAGAGCGAUUCAUCGAUUUUGGAGUGUUGAGUGCAACAGAAGCAAGCAGCAUUUUAUUUGCAAUUAUAAACAGCAACCCAAUUGAGCUGGCUAUAAAAAGUUGGCAUAUCAUAGGAGAUGGUUUAUCAAUAGAACUUGUUGCUACUGAGAGAGGCAAUAGAACUACAAUAAUUGCAAAUCUUCCAGAAUUGGAAAAAUCCUCUUUAUCUGACCAGUCAUCAGUAAUAUUGGCAUCAGGCUAUUUUGCGGUGUUUAGAGUCAAACUCACUGCAAAAAAACUAGAAGGGAUCCAUGAUGGAGCCAUACAGAUAACAACAGACUAUGAGAUCCUGACGAUCCCUGUGAAGGCUGUGAUUGCGGUGGGCUCACUGACCUGCUUCCCCAAGCAGAUGAUCCUUCCUCCUUGCUUUCCAGGAAAGACAGUACAUCAGAGUUUAAAUAUCAUGAAUUCCUUCUCACAGAAGGUAAAGAUACAACAGAUACGAUCUUUGUCAGAAGAUGUGCGGUUCUACUACAAACGAUUACGGGGCAACAAGGAAGAGUUGGAGCCUGGAAAAAAAUCAAAGAUUGCAAACGUCUAUUUUGAUCCUGGACUGCAGUGUGGGGAUCACUGCUAUGUUGGCUUGCCUUUUCUUUCCAAAUCUGAACCCAAACUACAGCCAGGGGUAGCCAUGCAGGAAGAUAUAUGGGAUACUGACUGGGAUUUGCAUCAAAGCCUGUUCAAAGCAUGGAUGGGGAUAAAGGAAAAUUCUGGUCAUAGACUGAGUGCUGUAUUUGAAGUCAAUACUGACCUCCAAAAAAAUAUCAUAUCCAAAGUUGCUGCUGAGCUCUCCUGGCCUUCCAUACUCGGCUCGCCCCGGCACUUGAGGUUUCCACUGACUAAUACAAACUGUUCUUCAGAAGAAGAGAUUACUUUAGAAAACCCUGCAGAUGUUCCUGUCUAUGUUCAGUUUAUUCCCCUGGCUUUAUAUUCCAAUCCUUCCAUCUUUGUGGAUAAGUUAGUGUCAAGGUUUAACUUGAGUAAAGUGGCCAAGAUGGAUUUGAGAACACUCGAAUUCCAAGUCUACAGAAAUAGUGCUCAUCCACUGCAGAGUUCAACGGGAUUUACAGAGGGCCUCUCUCGACAUUCAGUUUUAAACCUGAUUUUGAAACCCGGAGAGAAGAAGUCUGUGAAAGUGAAAUUUACUCCAGUUCAUAACAGAACUGUGUCCUCGCUAAUCAUAAUUAGGAAUAACCUGACCGUGAUGGAUGCUGUGAUGGUCCAAGGACAAGGAACAACGGAAAAUUUGAGGGUGGCGGGCAAGCUUCCAGGUCCAGGAAGUUCCUUGCGCUUUAAAAUCACGGAAGCAUUGUUAAAGGACUGUACAGAUAGUUUAAAGCUCAGAGAACCAAAUUUCACUUUGAAAAGAACAUUUAAAGUGGAGAAUACAGGACAACUUCAAAUUCGUGUAGAAACCAUUGAAAUCAGCGGCUACUCCUGUGAGGGAUACGGCUUCAAAGUUGUCAAUUGUCAAGAAUUUGCAUUAAGUGCCAAUGCCUCUAGAGACAUAGUCAUACUGUUUACUCCUGAUUUCACCGCGUCUAGAGUUAUCCGCGAGCUGAAGUUUGUAACAAGUAGUGGUUCUGAGUUUGUGUUUAUAUUGAAUGCAUCCCUUCCGUACCACAUGUUAGCAGCCUGUGCAGAAGCCUUGCCCAGACCCAACUGGGAGCUGGCUCUGUACAUCAUCAUCUCAGGAAUCAUGAGUGCACUCUUCCUUUUGGUCAUUGGGACGGCCUACUUGGAAGCUCAAGGAAUUUGGGAGCCAUUUCGAAGGCGACUUUCCUUUGAGGCGUCGAACCCGCCCUUUGAUGUGGGAAGGCCGUUUGAUCUCAGGAGAAUCGUUGGCAUUUCACCUGAAGGAAACUUGAAUACACUCGGCUGUGACCCUGGUCACAGUAGGGGAUUUUGUGGCGCAGGUGGCUCUUCAUCCCGACCGAGCGCAGGGAGUCAUAAACAGUGUGGCCCGUCAGUCCACCCACACAGUAGCCACAGCAGUAGGAAUUCAGCUGAUGUGGAAAAUGUCAGAGCCAAAAACAGUUCCAGUACCUCUGGUAGGACUACUGCACAAGCAGCUUCCACGCAGUCAGCAAGCAAAGCAAGUGCCCUGGUCUUGGAUUCUAAUGCAACUACCCAGGGACAUGCAGUGGGCAGAAAGUCCAAAGGGGCCAAGCAGAACCAGCACAGCGGCCACCAGCACAGCCACAGCCCGCUGGAGCAGCACUCCCAGCCACCACCGCCAGUGCCUCAGCACCAGGAGCCACAGCCUGGGAGGCUGUCUCCUGCCCCCCUCGCACACCCUUCCCACCCAGAACGUGCCAGCAGCCCAAGGCACAGCUCAGAGGACUCAGACAUCACUAGUCUCAUAGAAGCCAUGGACAAAGACUUGGACCACCAUGACUCACCGACCCUAGAAGUGUUUACAGAGCAGCCUCCAUCACCGUUGUCAAAAAGCAAAGGGAAAGGAAAAGCUGUUCAACGCAAGGUGAAGCCACCUAAGAAGCAGGAGGAAAAGGAGAAGAAGGGAAAGGGCAAGCCCCAGGAAGAGGAGCUGAAGGACUCUCUGGUGGACGAUGACAGUUCCUCCACCACCACAGAGACCUCCAACCCUGACACAGAGCCGCUGCUCAAGGAGGAUACAGAAAAGCAAAAGGGAAAACAAGCCAUGCCUGAAAAACAUGAAAAUGAAAUGUCUCAAGUGAAGCAGAAAAGCAAAAAACUCUUAAAUUCUAAGAAAGAAAUCCCAACAGAUGUGAAACCCAGUUCUUUAGAAUUAUCCUAUACUCCUCCAUUGGAAAGUAAGCAACGUAGAAAUCUCCCAACCAAAAUUGCUCUCCCAACUGCAUUAACAAGUGGAUCCAAAUCACGAAAUUCCCAGAAAACAAAAGGUACAAAUAAAUUGGUGGAUAGGCCACCUGCCCUAGCCAAAUUCCUCCCAAAUAGUCAAGAACUAGGCAACACCAGUAGCUCAGAGGGUGAAAAAGACUCUCCUCCACCCGAGUGGGAUUCCGUGCCCGUUCACAAACCUGGCAGCUCUACUGAUAGUCUUUAUAAACUUUCUCUGCAAACACUCAACGCAGACAUUUUCUUGAAACAACGCCAGACCUCACCAACACCUGCCUCUCCAUCUCCCCCGGCUGCCCCCUGCCCGUUUGCAUCCCGGGGCAGUUACAGCAGCAUUGUCAACAGCAGCUCCAGCAGUGACCCUAAAACAAAGCAGCCAACCGGAAGCAAGCACAAAUUGACAAAAGCAGCCUCACUUCCUGGGAAGAACGGCAACCCCACCUUUGCUGCUGUCACAGCUGGUUAUGACAAGAGCCCCGGUGGAAAUGGCUUUUCUAAAGUUUCUUCAAACAAAACAGAUUUCCCCAGUAGCCUUGGCAUAUCACACAUUCCGGUGGACAGUGACGGCUCAGACAGCUCGGGUUUGUGGAGCCCUGUCAGCAACCCAAGCAGCCCCGACUUCACACCCCUCAAUUCAUUCUCGGCCUUCGGAAAUUCUUUUAACCUAACUGGUGAAGUUUUCAGCAAGCUUGGCUUAUCUCGGUCAUGCAAUCAGGCCUCACAGAGGAGCUGGAGUGAGUUUAACAGUGGCCCUUCCUACCUCUGGGACUCUCCGGUGACAGACUCCAGCCCUUCCUGGCCAGCCAGUUCCAGCUCCCCGACCCACACAGCCACUUCCAUCCUGGGCAAUGCCAGCAGCUGGUGGUCCACCACUCCAUUCAGCAACUCCAUUUGGUCCAGCACCCUCAACAGCACCCUCCCUUUCACCACUCCAGCGAACACACUGUCAAGUAUUGGCCUCAUGGGCACUGAAAACUCAGCUGCUCCCCACACAGCAUCUGCCUCCAGCCCAGCAGACGACCUGGCACAGACCUACAACCCGUGGCGGAUAUGGAGCCCCACAAUCGGGAGAAGGAGCUCUGACCCUUGGUCUAACUCACAUUUCCCUCAUGAGAAUUAAAUUUAGGUGGCCCCUCCUCUGGAUCAUGAUAUGCCAGUUUUGAGACAUCUUUUUUCCGGCUCUUUCUGCUGUAACUUCCCUCUCCCCACCCACCCUCAUCUUUGCAAAACAGACUCAAGCAGGGCAGGCUUGCACCACUCGCUUCUUUCAGAUCUUUUUUGCAAUUAUGAUGAUGAGAUUUGCUGUUGUGCUUUUAGAAAACAGUCUGGACUCAGCCACAAACUCUUAAGACCUAUUCAUCUGAAAACCUUAACUGUUACCACGUCUCCACCACCUGUCUUCUUCCUUGCUUUAUCUGUCUAAACACAAAUUUGACAUUACAGCUGAGGAAGUAAUUCGAGUUGAUUCAGAAGUCCUGGCAUGUGACAAUUUUAUCAAAUUACCAAAUUUGGUUUUUAAUGAUUUCACAAUAUUAUGCACCAAGAUCUAAUUUUAAAAAUGUAUGAGGACUUUGUGCUGAAAAUAGAGUAUUUUUUUAAAUAAGGCUGUCUUGGUUUAAAAGCAAACUACAGAAAUGUCAGUCAACAUGAGAACAGUGAGUUAAGGGAACACCGUUCGGUGGAGACCAUAUGCAUUUUCUGUGCUGUUUGUACUUGAGGUAUGUAACAUUUGUAUACCUGAAUUUAUUUUAAAGAUGAAAUGCACAUAACCACAUCUUGAGAUACAAGAUCAAAUGUGUGUUUCUUAAAAACUACAACCUUGUGUUGUACUUUGAAAUAAAUGAUGCUUUUUUCAAAA